CUUUCUUCUGUCGAGAAAGAUUACAACCGAGAUAAAUAGAGAAGAAAUGUCUCUAAUUUCAAAAGGCGCCUUCCGGCUUUUACGCCGAAUAUACUCUAGACAUGCCAACCGAUGUUUCCACGAGGAAUUUGUUUCACCGAAACUAUUGAAAAAUGACCAAAUAGAUGAUUCACAAGAACGCCAACUUUCUGCAGCUGGUGCUAUAGCAAACAAAUACAAAGUUUUUCGUGAUGUGGAUGCAGCUGUUAUUUUAGAUGUUGAAGAGGAGCGCCUACGAAAUGAACAAACUGUUGGCAAUAUCAAUGACAGUGAACAAAGUGAUGAGCAUUCCAGUAUCUUCAAUGGAAUAAAUAUCGAACGAGGGCAAUCUGGAGUUUACGAAAUAGAAGAUCUAGUACAUGUUCUUCGAAUGAAUAAUGCUGAAAAUAUUUUCGUUUGUUCCGUGCCGAGUGAAAUCAAAUAUGUUGACUACAUUUGUGUAGUGACGGGAAUGAGUUUUCGGCAUAUGCGCGGUAUCGCAGAAUUUGUUCGCAAAGUAUUCAAAAUGAAACGGACAUCAAGUGAUAUUAUCCCAAAAAUCGAGGGAGAGAACAGCCGAGAAUGGAUGGCACUAGAUUUAGGAAAUAUCGCCUUACAUAUCUUUUCAGAAUCCGCCCGAGAGAAGUACGAUUUGGAAUCGCUUUGGGCUAUCGGAUCCCAAUAUGAUCGUGAAUACAACAAACCGCAGGAACCAUUAGUAGAAUUACUCGAAAGACAUUCUGUAUUUUUAAACGAUUUGAAACCUUUGAAAACCGUACAAAAAGAUCCGGCGAAUAACAUAUUGGCGUAAUAACAAUGAUUUAUUAUUUUA